AUGGAAAUAAAUUGGCUGCAUGCUUACGUUAAGCUGUGGCAGGGACCUUUUCUUGAGCACGCCGAGCAUCUUACGGAGGACGUAGUUUCCGUAUUUCCGGCAGCUGAUUCUUUGGAGCAGUACAUAAUGUCAGUGAUGGCUUCUGUUGUGGGUGACGAUGGUUUGGACAGCCUAUGUAGACAAAAGCUAGUUCCUUAUGAGAUUGAAAGUAAAUCAGGCACAGUUGUUUUACGCUGGGUGAAUGGGCAACUGGAGAGAGUUGAAACUUGGGUUAAAAGGGCUGCUGAACAAGAGACUUGGGAUCCUAUAUCCCCUCAACAACGCCAUGGGGGUUCUAUUGUUGAAGUCUAUAGAAUCAUAGAAGAGACUGCAGAUCAAUUUUUUGCAUUCAAGGUUCCUAUGCGAAUUGGGGAAUUAAAUAGCUUCUGUCGUGGUAUCGACAAGGCAUUUCAAAUUUAUACACAACUUGUUACUCAACCCAUAGUUGACAAAGAAGAUUUAGUUCCACCUGUUCCUGUCCUUACUCGAUAUAAAAAGGAGCUUCGAAUCAAAGCUUUCGUAAAAAAGGAAAUCCAAGAAGUCAGACCUGUUGAUGAGAGAAAAUCAAGUGAAAUAGUUCAACUUACGAUGUCAAAGCUAUGUGUGCGGUUUAACAGUCUAUAUUAUGCUAUAAGCCAGCUAGGCAAGUUGGAGGACAGCAUAAGUGAGCGGUGGGCUAAAAGGCAAAGUGACAAAAUUAACAUCAGACGAUCAAUGAACGGCAAGUCAAAGAGCGUAGUCUCCAAUCUGAAGAAUCAAUUUGAUGGCAGUAGAAAAGAAAUCAAUGCUGCUAUUGACCGGGUAUGUGAAUUUACAGGGUUAAAGGUCAUAUUUUGGGACCUCCAACAGCCAUUCAUCGACAAUAUGUACAAAAACAAUGUUUUGCAAGCUCGAUUGGACACUAUUGUCGAAGUUCUUGAUUUGGUGCUUGCUCAACUCUGUGACGUCAUUGUGGAGCAACUGCGAGAUCGUGUGGUUACAGGGCUUCUGCAAGCAUCCCUGGAUGGCUUAGUUCGGGUAAUACUAGAUGGAGGUCCUACACGCAUCUUCUCUCCAAAUGAUGCCCCUCUUUUGGAGGAAGAUCUUGAAAUUCUUAAGGAAUUCUUCAUAUCUGGCGGAGAUGGGCUGCCUCGUGGAACUGUUGAGAAUUUGGUCUCGCGUGUUCGUCCUGUAAUAAAUCUGAUCAAGCAAGAGACCCGUGUGCUUAUUGAUGAUCUGCGCGAAGUUACUCAAGGAGGCAAAAGCAAAUUCGGAAGCGACUCCAAAACCCUGCUGAGGGUCCUGUGCCACAGAAAUGAUUCAGAGGCAUCACACUAUGUAAAGAAGCAUUUCAAAAUACCCAGUUCAGCUCCCCCGAGCACCUGAUUUUCGGGGAAAAGAAAAUCUGGAAACGCCUCGAAGGUACAUAUAAUGGAUGGAACGGUGCUUGGUCUUGCAACCUAGGAAGUGUAUCUUGUAAUAAUUGUGCAUUAUUAGCAGUAGGAGCUAGGGAACCAUACGCUAGUUUUGAUUCAUGGGCAUUGUAUUGAUUGAUUGCUUCUACCCAGGAAAUAUUUAGAUGUCUUACCCUUGUUGCUUUGGGGAGUUUUUAGCUGGAUUUUGAUGGCAUUUCCGUCUGAUGGGAAUGUUGGUCUGUUGUGGUUUCAGAACUGAUGCUUACAAUUCUGUAGGGUGGUUUUUUAUGGGUAUGACCAAUGUAUCUUUUUGCAGUCA